AUGUCUGCGACCGCCUUUCCGCACGCCACAGGCGAGGCUGCCAAGACUGUCGAAAAGCACCAGAACUCACAGGACCUCGUCCUCUAUUCUGGCUGGUUCCUUGAGGACGCAUAUCCGGACUACAAGCCUAAUCUGCUCCCGGCGGAUCCUGUCGAGCGCACGUACGCUCGGAUCUGGAUCGACUUUAUCAGCAGGAAUGUCGUACCGAAUUUCAUGCGCCUCAUGCAGGCGCAGACCGCCGAUAAACAGACGGCGGCGCGCGAGGAUCUCGUUAGCGCGUUUCGGACAUACGCUGAGAAGGUGAAGGGCCCGUACUUCCUCGGGGAAGAGUUUAGUCUUGUCGACGUUGCGAUCGCAUCGUGGAUUGUACACGACUGGGUUCUUAAGGAGAACAGAGGGUAUGAUAGGGCAGUCGUCAGCGGAGCGUGGAAGACGUACGCGGACACUGUCGAAUAGCGCGACAGCAUUCGUAAGACCUCCAGCGUACGUGUCUCUGC